CUUCCGUAGGUUCGGUUUUUCUGUGUGCGGCUCUGCGUUUGGGGCAAGCAUCAUUGAAGAGAUGGCGGAAGGCGGAGCAGGCGGCGACAGGCCUCAGAAAGUGAUGGUGGCCAUCGACGAGAGCGACUGCAGUCACUACGCCCUCGAGUGGGUCCUCGCUAACCUCCGCCGCUCCUUUUCCUCGUCGCCCCUCAUCGUCUUCUCCGUGCAGGCAGUCCCUGACGCCGCCUACUUGACCGCCGCCUCGCUUGGCUCCCCUCCUAUGGAGUUGAUCCAGGUGAUUCAGCAGCACCAGAAGCAAGCUUCGGAUGCUCUCUUGAAGAAAGCAGAGAAGAUUUGUGCUCAGCACGGGGUAGAGGUUGAAACAAUUACUGAUGUGGGGGAUCCAAAAGAAGCCAUAUGUCAAGCUGCUGAAAAGAUGAACAUUGACUUGCUCGUCGUGGGAAGUCAUGGUAAAAAUGCCUUGCAGAGGGCUUUCUUAGGGAGCGUUAGCAAUUAUUGUGUGCAUAAUGCCAAAUGCCCCGUCCUCGUCGUCAAGAAAGCAGCGUAAAAAUUUCAAGUUUCCAUGGUGAAGCAGCUUGAAAUGUUGUGAUCUAUCCAUCAUAUCCUAUCUGUGCAUUUCUUAAUGAGGUCGAGCAAAAUAAAGUACUUGUUUCAUCGCACAAUAUAUAUAGAUAUUAAUAUAGAUUUUGUUUUCCGUACUUGAGAUCUCUAUAAUAAAAAUAACCGUGAUUUAAUUUUUCCCUUUAAAA